GAUUUUCAUCAUAAAUAUAUAUUGUAUAUAACAUAGAGUUGUAAUCAGGUACAAAAUAUGGAGAUGAUGUGAAGAGGAAAAGAGAAACAGAAAGAACAAUGGAUAUCAAAGAUUAAAGCAGGUCACUAAAUCUUUUAUUUUGUUUCCCCCCAAAAUACAGCAGGUGAAAAUCUCAUCCUUGAGUAGAAAGAAAUCAAACAAGUCAUACUGCCCCACUUUCUGUCUCUGUACUGGCACUUAGGCUGUAGAGCAAGCCUAAGUCAUACUUUCAAACCAUUCUCCAAAGAGUCAUUGCUCCAGAAACUAUGAUCACAAUUUGCAAUGACAGCCACAGUGAUUUCAUCCUCCUGGGAUUCUCUGACAAGCCAUAUUUAGAGCAGAUACUUUUUUGGGUCAUUCUGAUAUUUUAUUGCUUGACAAUUGUUGGAAAUAUGGUCAUAGUUCUUGUCUCCUCGAAGGAUAUAAAACUCCACAUUCCUAUGUAUUUCUUUCUUUCCAACCUUUCCUUGGUAGAUCUCUGUUUCACAAGCAGCUGUGUUCCACAGAUGUUGGUUAAUCUCUGGGGUCCAGAGAAGACCAUAAGCUACACUGGCUGUGCCAUUCAAAUCUAUGUCUUCUUAUGGCUUGGGACCACUGAAUGUGUCCUUCUUGUGGUCAUGGCUGUGGAUCGCUUUGUGGCAGUAUGUCAUCCACUGCAAUAUACCACUAUCAUGUACCCGAAACUCUGCCUGCAGCUCUCCAUUCUGGCAUGGGGGACUGGUCUGGUUCAGUCUCUGAUCCAGUCCUCUGCCACCCUUCAGUUACCCUUCUGUUCCCACCGGAGAGUGGAUGACAUUGUGUGUGAAGUCCCAGCCCUGAUUCAGCUCUCCAGUGCAGACACCACCUACAAUGAAAUUCAGGUGUCCAUAGCCAGUAUUAUUCUCCUAGUGGUGCCUUUGAUCAUUAUCCUUUUCUCUUAUGGUGCUAUUGGUAAGGCUGUGCUGAAGAUAAAGUCAACUGCAGGGCAGAAGAAAGCAUUUGGCACCUGUACUUCUCACCUUCUUGUGGUUUCCCUCUUCUAUGGCACCGUCACAGCUGUCUACUUUCAACCCAAGAAUCAUUAUGCUCAUGAAGGUGGCAAGUUUCUCACCCUUUUUUACACCAUAGUAACCCCUACUCUUAACCCCCUUAUCUACGCUUUAAGAAACAAAGAAGUAAAGGGGGCACUAAUAAGAUUAGGGAGGAGGACCUAAGAUUCCACAAAUAACCAAGGAAGUCGACAUACGUUGGGCUGUUGCUUAAUCUGUAAAGAUGGAACAACCUCAUCGCAAAAAAGCUGGAGAUA